AUGGCGGCCUCGGACCUUGCAACGGAGCUGGCCAAGGAGGGAUUCAGAUUUGAGAGCCCCUCAAUGGAGGUCAGGGUCACAGAGGCGAUCCUUCGCCAGCUGGAGGACCCUUCCGGGGACGUAUCCGCCCUGGCCCUGAAGUGCCUGGGCCUCAUCUCUGGACGGAUUGGCAACGCCUGCCUCAAGACGGUCCUGGAGAAGCUCAUGGCCCAGAUGGUGGCCGGGAAGCAGCCUGGCUCCGACGAUGCUGCCCUGGGCCUGAAGACCUUCAUCCAGGAGACGCCGGCGAGCGUGGCCGACGAAGUGGCUGUGCAGCUGGUCCCCCAGCUCUCUGCGGCAAUGAACGGUCAGGAGAGUGCGGCCCGAAACAACGCCGUGGAUGUGCUGUUGGAGCUGACGACGCGCUUUCCAGCCAGCAUCCCCGACCCGAGUAGCCUGAAGAACCAGUUGCUGAUGCAGCUGCCGGUUUUCAAGAAGCGAGCCGUGCAGUGCCUGGCCCAGCUCGCGGUUUCGCUGAGUCAGUCGGACCUGGAUGAGCUGGCGGCCAGCCUGUAUGUGGGGGGGGGAAAGGCCGCAGCCACGGCCCUGCUCCACCUCCAGGCUCUGGCAGCAGUAUGCAACACGAUCGGCUGGAGGUUUGGCCGGCAUGCAUCACACAUUAUUGAUUUUGCCUUGGAGCAGUUGGAUGGGGCCGGGGAGGAGGAGGAAGAGCGCCUGGAGCAGAGCCUGCAUACCCUGGAGGCCGUGGUACUGCAGUGCAGCGGCGAUGCCAAGCCUGCCGCUGCAGCCAUCCUCCAAGCGACCCUGAAGUACGACCCCAACUAUGAUGAGGAAGACAGCGGCGGGGAGGACGGGGACGGCCCCUCCGCGCCCUCGGACGACGAGGACGACGACGGUGAGGACGAGUUCUCCGACGACGAGGACGUGAGCUGGAAGGUGCGGUGCGCGGCGGCGCGGCUGGCAGGCUCCGCGACCCUCAAGCUGCUUGCCCCCCCCGAGCAGCUCUAUGCCACCCUGGCUGGGCCGCUGGUAUCCCGGUUCAAGGAGCGGGAGGCGGUGGUGAAGUCUGACGUACUGGCAGCCUACAUUCAACUACUCCAGCAGGUAAAGGCCCAGGCCAGCUCUGGGGACACAGCUUCCCAGCAGCUGCUGCAGCGGGACCUGCCCUCCGUGGUUAAGGCGCUGGCCCGCGAGCUCGGCGCCGGCGGCAAGUCAGCCAAGGUUAAGGGCGACGUCUUUGGGGUGCUGCAGGAGCUGGCACGAGUGGACCCCUCGACGGUGGGCGCGCAGCUGCCCGCCGUCCUCGCCGGCGUCACCACAGCCCUCGCUGACACCUCGGCCGCGUCGGCGUCGCUGAAGCUGGCGGCCCUGCAGUUCCUCACGGCGGCGCUGACCGAGGCGCGGGGCGUGAACGCGGCGGCCCUGCUCCCCGCCCUCCCCUCGGUCCUCCAAGCCACCCUGGACCGUUACUACAAGGUGGCGGCCGCCGCGCUGCGCGCCGUGGCGGCCGCCGCGCCGGCGCUGGCUGGCGAGGCGCCCGCCGGUGCCGGAGACGAUAAGCAUGACCCCGCGUCGCCGCCCGCGCCUGCGCUCGCCGACGCCGCGACGGCGGUGCUGGCGCGGCUGCGACCCGUGGAUCUGGACCAGGAGGUGAAGGAGGGGGCCAUCGCGGCCGCGGCCGCCCUGCUGGCGGCGCUGGGCGACGCGCUGGGCCUGGAGACGCAGGCGGUGGGGGAGCUGACGCGCGAGUUCGCUGCCAUGCCCAAGGCCCGCACCUCCAAGCGCGCCAAGCUCGCACAGAUGCUGGAGCUGCUGCUGGAGAGGGUGCACGGCGAGUCCACGGCCACCGCUGCCAUCAGGGCCUUUGAGCAGGUCGCCCUUUCUUCCCGCCCCCUCAACCUGACCCCUGUGCUGGAGAAGCUGGUGCGGGACCUCACUCAGCUCCUGAAAAAGUCAAGCCGCUCGCUGCGCCUGGCGGCCCUGAGGACCCUGAAGGCGCUGGUCGCACGGGAGGGGGCCUCGCUGCCGGCCGACGUGCUCGCCGGGGUCGUGGCGGAGGCCGGCACUCAGCUGAGCGAGGCGGAGCUGAUGCACGCGGGGCUGGCGCUGCAGCUGGCCGUGGUGGCUCUGGAGAGCCAGCCCGAGGCCGCGCUGGAGGCAGCCCGCUCAAAGGUGCUCCCGGGGGCCCUCACCCUGGCGGCCUCCCCCCUGCUCCAGCCCUCGGUGCUGACGGCGCUCCAGUCCUUCUUCGCCCGCCUGGCGCUGGCCAGCGGCGACGCGGCCGCCUUUGCGGAGCUGCGCGAGUCGUUGAUGCAGAAGGGGCUGACGGCGGCCGGCGCCGCCCUGGGCGGGCACCUCGCGCUGGCGCGCUGCGUCGCAGCGCUGUGCGCGCUGUGUGCCACCGAGGACGAGCGGGUGCAGGGCACGCUGCAGCACCUGCUGCACACUCUGCAGGGUGGCAAGAGCGAGGCGGCGGCGAGGCGCCUCGCGCUGGGCGUGCUGGGCGAGAUCGGGCGGGGCAGGGACCUGGGGCAGCUGCCACAAGUGCACGAGGCCCUCCUCUCCGCUCUGUCCGCCGAGGACGUGGCGGACGCCGCUGCCACGGCGCUGGGAGGCGCGACCUCUGGCGCGCUGGGCGCGCGGCUGGACCCGCUGCUGGGCCUGGUCAGGGACGCCGCGGCCACGCCGCGCCUGCAGUACCAGCUGUUCAGGGCGCUGGCGGAGGUACUGCACUCAGAGGCCGCCGAGGAGCUGACCCCCGCCCAGCGCCAGUCCGUCCUGGACCUGAUCCUGGCGGCGGUCGCGGAGGAGAGGGAGGAGAGCAACGCGGUGCUGGCAGGCGCGACCUCUGGCGCGCUGGGCGCGCGGCUGGACCCGCUGCUGGGCCUGGUCAGGGACGCCGCGGCCACGCCGCGCCUGCAGUACCAGCUGUUCAGGGCGCUGGCGGAGGUACUGCACUCAGAGGCCGCCGAGGAGCUGACCCCCGCCCAGCGCCAGUCCGUCCUGGACCUGAUCCUGGCGGCGGUCGCGGAGGAGAGGGAGGAGAGCAACGCGGUGCUGGCAGAGUGCCUGGGGACACUGGCGGCCCUGGGCGCCGGCGCCUGCACCGCCAUCCUGACGCAGCCCCUGCAGAGCUCUUCCCCGGGGCUGAGGGCGCUGGCCCUGGCGGCCGCGCGCCACGCCACGGUGCACCUGGGCGCUCGAGCCGCGCCCAGCAUGGACGCCGUGGCGGGGCCCAUGCUGGCCUGCCUGAACGACCCCGACUUGUCCGUGCGGCACACCGCCGUGCUCCUGCUUUCCUCCUCAGCACACGCCUGUCCCGCGCUGGUGCGGCCGCACGUAGCCGGUGCCCAGCCUUUCCUCCUCCGGCUGGUUGUGAAUCUGGGCCCCUUCAAGCACACCAUCGACGACGGGCUGGAGGUGCGCAAGGCCGCCUUUGAGGCCCUUGUGGUCCUCCUGGACGCAUGCCCCGCAGUGCUGGACAUGCCGGCGGUGCACGACGCGCUGCUUUCCGGCCUCAAGGACCAGUACGACGUCAAGGUCACGAGCCACAUCCUGCUGACGUGCCUGGCGGCGCUGGAGCCGGAUCAGACCACGGCCCGGCUGGAGGCGCUGGUGGAGCCGUUGACCGCCACGCUGACGGCCAAGGUCAAGGCGGACGCAGUGAAGCAAGAGGUGGACAGGAACGACGACCUGCUGCGCAGCUGCCUCCGAGCAGUGGCGGCCCUGGAGCGGCUGCCAGGGUGCGCAACUGUGGCGCCCUGGACCGCCUUCAUCAGCGGGGUGGUGCAGACCCCCGCCCUCAAGGUGCUCACCACGCUGGACGGCCAGGCCUGCGACCUGCCGAACGUGUACAAUGGUCAAGUGAUCCGGCGGUGCAUCGACCUAGGGGACGGUCUCUACUGCCCCGUGGAAUCGGGCCAGUACAAGCUGUGCGCGGACCAGGGAUCCUCCAUCUCGAGGUGGACGGCGUGCAACCCCGCCACCCAGGCCCGGUCGGGCGCAGGCGACAUCGGCCAGGGCAACAUCCCGGUGGUGCCCACUCGCAUCCGCAAGCUGCGCGACGGCACAGUGUGCCCGCUGCCGUUCGUGGACGUCGACCGCAAUGUCCUGACGGACUGCGUGGCCGCGGGGGGCGACGAGGUCUGCCCCAGCCUGCCAGGGCGGCGGGCCUGCGCGCCGCAGACGACGGCCAGGGACAAGGCGAUGCUGGCCCCGCUCAUGUUCGCCCCCAGGACGACCGAGGACGGCGCACCCUGCGCCCUCCCUUUCGUGCAGGGGGGCUCCAUCUAUAUGGACUGCCUGACGAGCAGCGUGGACGGCGGGCGGGGCAACUCGUCGGCGCACGGCUUCUGCCCCACGGAGGCGGCACUUGGGGCUGGGACCCUGACCAACAGCUCCAUCGCGCUCAGCCCCUGCAGCCCGGCGCUGGCAUCGACCCCCCUCCUCGACUUUGACGCUGGCGACGCGUUCCUGAACAGGACACAGCCGGGGGGGCUGACCAUGAUGUGCGUGCUGGACCCCAGACUGGACGAGGAGGGGUGGCCCUGCCAGGAGGGGCUGACCUGCCUGCCGCUGGAGGGGAGCACGGGUUACGCCGAGUUCAACAACCUGGGAUUCUGUUCGGAGACACCCCUGGGGGGCGUGUUCAACUCUUUUGAGCCCCUGGCCUUCUACCCGCUGACGAGUGCCCAGGGCCUGAACUCCCUCCUGCUCCCACCCUACACGGGAACAGCUAGGAACAUUGAGUUUGACUUGGAUUUUGACUUCAACCAGACGGUCAAGUGUGAAAAGGAGCUUGGGAGCAGGAUCAAGUUGGAGCCUGUGCCCUACGCCACCACCGGCUUCUUUGCGGUGAACCUGUGGUUUGCGGUGGAGCCCUCCAUCCCACUCAUGGGCCUCAAGUGGCUCUUCAGCCACACAGACUCAGACAUGGUGGCCAUUGGCCUCCCCAACCAGGUCCUCAUCUUCCUGGCCCGCAGCAGCAAGACCGAUGGGCCACUGCUGGUGGGACUCAUCUCUGACGGCAAGGAUGCGGUGGAGAACCCCGACGAGUUUGUGUCGGUCCAGACCGAUGGCACGACCUUUGCUGGGCCCGACAACGGCACCGCCAUCUUCACGACAGACUUCCUAGACGGGGGCUGGCACAUGGUGACCCUGACCACAGAGGCCGGCACGGGGGAGAGGGGGUACAGCCUCUACCUGGAUGGGGCCUUUGCUGGGAGCGCAGCCUGGGCCAGCCCCAACACGCCACCCAAUCAGCUGCCUGGCGGCGACCCCACCCGGCUCUCCAAGCCCAUCCAGCUCUGCUCCAGCAUCGACAACGACACUGCCAACGUCUUCAACGGCUUCCUUGCGCACCUGUCCCUCUUCCCAGAGGCUCUCACCCCGGAUGCUGUGGCGGCCCUGUACGAGAGCUACGUCGAGAAUAGCACACAAAACUGA